AUGACAGAGCAGCAGCUCAUCAAAGACAUUGUGAAAGUAGUAUCCGGGAAAUUGAAACGGCCGAGUUUGAGGGCUGCCCACCACCCGGUUGGACUCCAUUAUCUCAUUGAGAGGAUCAAUCCAUUAGUGGGGAUUGGAGAGGAUGAUGUGAGGAUGAUAGGGAUUUAUGGUGAUAAGGAGGUUGGGAAGUCAACCCUUGCCAAGGCACUAUUCAACCACCACAGCCAUAAGUUUGAAGGAUGCAGCUUCCUUGAACAUGUGAAGGCAACUGCAGGAUUAUAUGGACUUGUUAAGGUUCAAGAAACCCUUCUACGUGAGACUCUAGGGGAUGCAUAUGAUGAUAGCAUGAGGUUGGGCAAUUCUUCGAUAGGGGACAGCGUGAUCGCUCGAAGGCUUCGUUUCAAGAAGGUUCUCGUGGUCAUCGACGAUGUCAAUGCCUUGGAGCAGUUGAGGGAGUUAGCGGGAGGUAAAGAUUGGUUUGGUUCAGGAAGCAGGAUUAUCAUAACCACCCAAGACAGGGAUUUGCUCCAACGAUACAGGGACGUUGAAGCUGAACACAUGUACGAGAUGGAGAGACUGAAUCUCUCUGAAUCUCGUCAGCUUCUUUGCUGGAACGCCUUCAAGAGCCCCGUUCCUCCGCAAACAUUCGCCGCUCACGUAGAAGGCAUGCUCGAAGUUAUCGGAGAAGGCCAUCCCGGGAGACUUAUCCGAACAGCCUCUAACCUGCGGGGUAAGAGUCCUGAAGAGUGGGACUCCACAAUAGAGAAGUUAUCUCAAGCAGAGGAUGGAUCAGAAGGGAGAGAUAAACUGAUACUUAAUCACACAGUUGAUGUGCUCAAGCAACUUCACAAAGCCAUUUUCCUUGUUAUUGCCUGCUUUAAUGGCAGAGAUAAAGGAGAGGUCGUGGACAUUUUUGGUCAUGUUACCGAAUCGAGUUUCAAUCGUGCGAUAAAAAAACUUACUAAUCGAUCUUUGAUAAGCACUCGCAGAAACAGGAUCUGGGUGAAUGACUCGCUUAGGGAACCUUCCAAGGAAAUGAUCCGUGCGGAAUCUUGCACCCAAUUCCAGUGGAUGCGCAGAUUAGAUGACUUGGUCGAGGGCUCGCCAGAUGAGGUUCUUCAAUCUAUCAAGGAGCAGGCACGCACUAUGUGUGAUGGGUUCUUUGGAGAUAGUGACGAUGGAGAUAGUGAUGACGGAGAUAGCGAUGACGAAGAAGAAAACGAGGAUAACAAUGAACAUUAG